AUGCCACCAAAAAAGGACGCCAAGGGAGGAGGAAAAGCUGCACCAGCUAAAGGUGGUGCCAGUGGAAAGAAAGGUGCUGGAGGGGGUGCUGAAGAAGGUGCAGCAAAGGAGAAAAAAGGUGGCUCGGCGGUGAAAGUACGACACAUUCUUUGUGAGAAGCAAGGUAAAAUAAUGGAAGCGCUGGAAAAAUUGAAAGAGGGCCAGGCGUUUAAUGUGGUUGCGACAAACUACAGCGAAGACAAGGCACGUCAGGGAGGUGAUCUUGGGUGGCAGAUCCGUGGUGCAAUGGUGGGACCGUUUCAGGAUGCGGCCUUUGCGUUACCCAUUUCUACCACCAACGCUCCCAAGUACACGGAUCCACCCAUCAAGACCAAGUUCGGAUAUCAUAUUAUCAUGGUGGAAGGCAAAAAAUAA